GCUCUAUGGUUUCCAUAUUUUAACCUAGUUUGUAUUGCAGAAAGAAAAUUUACUUAUUUUCCAUUUUAAUCAUUUUAUUAAAAACAAAUCCAUCAAGAAAAAGCGAAAAUGAGCUCUUUGAAAAGGGUGCAGCAAUGGGCCACUUUUGCCAGGAUUUGGCAUGUAUUUGAUGCUUCUUGGCAGAACCCCUUUGAAUCCGCGAAAAUAUUAAGAAAAUACUUAAUGGGAAUGCACAAGCCAAUAUAUCAUCCUUUGAAUGAUUGUGGAGAUCAUGUAAUAGUCAUCAACAGUAAAGAUAUAGCUUUACCAGGAGAUGAGUGGAAAAAGCGGGCCUAUUUUCACCACACCGGUUAUCCUGGUGGAGCUAGUUGGACACUAGCUUGGGAAUUGCAUUCUAAAGAUCCUAAAAUGAUACUGAAAAAAGCAGUUUAUAACAGUAUGGCUGGAAAUAUUCAGAGGAGAUAUACAAUGGAAAGAUUGCACAUUUUCUCUGAUAAUAAUGUUCCCGAACAUUUAAUGAAGAAUGUAUCUAACCAAAUUAAGCAGCUUAGACCCAAGCCUAAAAGAUUGGAUCAUUAUGAUGCGGACUAUGUCAAACAAUUCCCGAAAAUUAUUGACUAUCCUUCUGAUUAUGUUUUGAGAUGAAUAAAUUAUAAUUAAAUUUAUGUAUAUUGAUUAAAUUCUAGGAGUGAAAAA